AUGGACAUGGACGCGCUGACGCGGCGCCAGGCCGAGAAGAUCGCGUACGUGCUGCAGGACCUCCUGCGGGACCUGGAGGUCGCCUCACUCUUGCCGGUAGACCUGAGCCCGUGGACGCGGAAGGUGUGCCUCGAAACCGUUCGAACCCAACUUUGCAGCGGCGCGGAGGAGGGCGGCGAGGAGGACGAGGACGAUGACGUACGUGCGGCGCAGCUCAUCUACGGCGUCGCCGAGCGCUACGGCGACCCAACCGACGUCAACGGCAACGAGGCGCUGCUGCAGAUGGCGGGUCUCGCGGAGCUUGAGAAGGAGAUGUUGGAGGCGGCGACGGUGGUGGGCAGCGUGGAGGAGGCGGAGCUGCAGCGGCACCACAUGCUCUUUCGCGCCGUCGUGGACACCCUGCGGGAGAACGAGUAUGUGGCGAUGGUGCGGGAGAUCCAGGAGCGACAGGCCAAUGCGUUCAUCAUGAAGGAUGAUCCCGCGCUGACGCAGCUGCUGGACCCCGGCGUGUCGGCCCUGCAGCACGUCGUGGAGGCGCUGGCCGCACUCGUCGCGGCACGUAAUAGUACCACCGUGAACGAGGACGUGCGCAACUAUCGGAUUCUGCACGAGGCGGUGAACAAGGAAAAGACGGCUUCGGCGGACGUCAAGGCGCUGAAGCGGGAGUACCAGGAAACAAAGGAGUUGCACAGGGCAGAGGUGGCGGCCCUGGACGUCGAGAUUCAGCAGAUAGAGGAGGAAAUUGAGUACACCCGCAGCGUUGUCGCCAUGGAACUGGCAGCCUUCCUGGAGGUGAAUCAGCAGCUGCAGGAGGAGCGCCAGGCGCAGGAUGUGAGUCACUUGGAGGAGGUCAAGCAGCUAGCCGUCAAACACGAGGAGACGCUGGGGGAGUUGGUAGCACGAAACCAGGAGGAGUCGAACACGCUGCGAACCCAGCGAGCCAAGAAGGAGGCCGCCGUGAGUGCCGCAAUCACGGAGUACGACUUGCAGAUGUCCACGCUGCAUGCUGCCACGGCGGCCCUCAACAAGGAGGCGGAGGAGGACACCGAGGCAAUAGUUGCGCUUGAUGAGGAGCUCAACGUACUACGCACGGAAAAGAACGAGUAUGAACUAGAGAAAUUCAUUGAGUCGAUGCGAGACAAACACUACGAGGAUAUGCAGGAGGCAUUGAAUCAAAACACGCGAACCAUCCAGGUUUGUUUUCGUGCCUACAUGGCCCGCGUGAAGUUUCAGAAGGCGCAAACCGCCUCAAAGAAAAAGAAGGGGAAAAGAAGUAAGUGA